UGCAAUUGGGUCCGAGAUCCUAAUUGCUUUUUUGGCUUAUCGAUAUACAUACAUAUAUACAUACAUACAUAUGUAUAAAUAAAAUAAUCAAAUAUUAAAUAAAAAAUUUUUGAUGUGUUUAUAAUUCGUCAUGACUGAGUUGAUGCAUACAGACAACAUUGAGAAUGGUGUACAGCAUGGCCAUGCCAAUAGUCGGGCUGGUAGUAAACGGAAAUCUCUGAUGAUUGUCGAGGAUGAUGUUGUUGUCGGUCCUCCCAGCAAUUCAGUACAACUGCCAUUGUCUGUACUGAAAAAAUUAUACCAUACUUAUUCCAUAAAGCAACGGCGCGGUGGUCUGAAAUGGUUCCUCAUAGCAUCCUUAUUAUUCAAUAUUUGGUUACUUAUUAUUCCACAAGGACAAUGCUUAGAGGCACUUUUUGUUACAAUGGUUGUGUUCUGCAUUAACUUGCUUAUAUGUAUAUUGCUACAUCUUAAUUACUUAUUAUCCAAGCCCGAUUCGUCAACAGGUCUACAAAGACUAAUAAAUAUCUUUAUACCUUAUGCACCACAUGUGUUAUGGACGGUGUGUAUUAUUCAUUUGGUACUUUAUAUACUAUUACAAGAAUCCGUAUCACCCAGAGAUGCACUUGGUUGGGCGAUUUUAAUGAAUUUCCUUAUAUAUGUUACCCUCCCAGUGACGUUGUUAUAUACAGGUUGUCUUUUUGGCAUUGGUACUGUUAUUUUUUAUUUAGGAGCUCUUCUAAUUGCCAGUAGAAGAGAUCCAAUGCUGAUAGAACAGAUAUUGGCUAAUGCGGUACUAAUACUCACUGCAGCAGUUAUUGGACUAUUAUAUUAUUUUAUGGGCGAAGCUAAACAGAAACGAACAUUUGUAGAAGCCAAAAAAAGUUUAGAGGUUAAAAUGGUUAUAGAAGAACAGUCAGCGGAGCAAGAAAGAUUAUUAUUGUCAGUAUUACCGAAACAUGUUGCUGUGAAAAUGCGACAAGAUCUUGGUUCAACUAGUUCUGAGCCUUUUAAAAAGAUUUAUAUGAGCCGUCAUGAAAAUGUUAGCAUACUUUAUGCGGAUAUUGUGGGCUUCACUGCUAUAUCUUCCACUUAUAGUGCUCAGGAUUUGGUCAAAAUGUUGAAUGAGUUAUUUGCCCGUUUUGAUCGACUUGCAGAGAAAUAUCAACAAUUAAGAAUAAAAAUUUUGGGUGAUUGCUACUAUUGUAUUAGCGGUGCACCAGAUGAGAGACCCGAUCAUGCAGUACUAUGUGUGCACAUGGGCCUAUCCAUGGUGAAAGCAAUUAAAUAUGUUCAACAAAAAACGAAUUCACCUGUUGAUAUGCGAGUGGGCAUCCAUACUGGUGCUGUACUUGCUGGUAUAUUAGGACAACGACAAUGGCAAUUUGAUGUUUAUUCAAAGGACGUUGAAUUAGCAAAUAAAAUGGAAUCAAGUGGAAAAGCUGGGCGAGUUCACAUUUCUGAUAAAACACUUGCAUUUUUGACUGGAGAGUUCGAAGUAGAACCGGCUUACGGAGAAAAAAGAGAGGAAGCGUUACGCAUUGCGGGCUUAAAAACAUAUUUUAUAACAAAAGUAUUAAAACCGUUCGCAUCUCCUUGUGCUAAAAAAACCAUCGAAUCCCAAGACAUUGACAACGAUCAGGAAACUUUAGACGAAGAACUUUUAAAAAGUUCAAAUGGAAAAAAUUUAAAAAAUGACGAAAUUGAGACAGAAGUUGAAAUUUUGGACAAACAAACAGUUUUUAAACAACGACUUGAAGAAGAAUUGGUCGCCAGGGACGGUCAUGAAAAUUUGUCACAAAAUACUACACUAUUUUUAAAAUUUAAAAAUAAAAAUUUAGAAAUCGCUUACGCAGCUUAUAGAGAGCCCUACUCAUCUGUGCCACUUAUUGCAGCUCUACUAGUACAAUGCGUUGAUAUCGUAUAUUCUUUUAUAGUAUUGCCAAGAUCUCCAUUACAUUUUGUUAAUAUAUCUGCACCAAUAAUACCCAUUUUUAUGUUGGUUUUUAUUUCGAUUGCGGAAAGUUUUCCAGAAGAUGCGCCAGAGUUCUUUGUUAGCAUUAGUAAACGAUUUAACGAUAUAACAUUUGUGCGGGAGUUGGCGGCAAUAAUAAUAGCUGUUACACUGGGUCUAAGUAAUGUAAUCGAUAUGUACUUUUUUCUCGCCUUUGUGAAAACGGAGCACAUAGUGACCGAAGGAGAAUUCAAUGUUACCACCGUUGGUUUUUCAGUAACUGAAUCUGUAAAUGAACCCUUGGAAGAUAGUACUUUAGAAAGCGAUUUUAUAGUUUAUCCAUCCUAUAUGAGCAAUUUUGCUGUUUUAAUAUUAAUCUCUAUAGCAGUUAUCGCACAGUUAACACACGUCACGAAAAUAGUGCUUAUGCUAAUCAUUGCUGCAUUACAUUGUUAUUGGAAUAUGUUCAUAAUGAAUGAUUUAUAUGCGUUUGAAGAUCACUUAGCCAAAACAUCUGCAAUGAUGUCAAGUUUUUGCGCGUCUGGAACAUUGGUGGUGGUGACUGUAGCACUGUCCUUUUUCGCACGUCAUAUGGAUCGUGAGGAUCGUGUUAUCUUCAAAUGGAAAACUGAAGUAGCUGAGCAAAAAGAUAUGGCAACCGAUAUGCGUCAAAGAAACGAGGCUUUAGUCUAUAAUGUACUUCCUGUACAUGUAGCUGAGCAUUUUAUGAAAAACACUAAACGAUCCCAUGAUGACUUAUAUUCCCAAAGUUAUGCAGAGGUCGGUGUACUAUUUGCAAGCAUGCCAAAUUUUUCGGAUUUUUAUUCUGAAGAAACUGUGAACAAUCAAGGACUUGAGUGUUUAAGAUUUUUAAAUGAAGUUAUUUCUGAUUUUGAUGCGUUGUUAGAGCUUCCACAGUUUCAAGACAUAAUAAAAAUUAAAACAAUUGGUUCCACAUAUAUGGCAGCAAGUGGUAUUAAUAUAAAUCGUAUAUCACAUCCAGAUGAUCCGAUAACAAAACGUUGGGCUCAUCUAUCUGUAUUGGUUGAAUUUGCUUUGGAAUUGAAAAAUGCUUUACAAGGCAUUAAUGAACAAUCAUUUAAUCAUUUUGUGCUUAAAAUGGGUAUUAAUCAUGGACCUAUAACAGCUGGUGUUAUCGGUGCACGUAAACCGCAUUAUGAUAUAUGGGGUAAUACAGUAAAUGUAGCCUCACGUAUGGAGAGUACUGGUAAAGCUGGAGCUAUACAGGUCACUGAAGAAACAUGCAACAUAUUGCAGGAAUUUGGUUACACAUUUCAGCAACGCGGCUUGGUUAGCGUUAAAGGAAAGGGUCAAUUAAUGACAUAUUAUUUAAUUGGUAAAUCGGACAAAAGUGGCUAUGGCGGACAUACUAAACUCUCACCAAAUGACAAACGUAGCCAGUAUAGUGGCUCACCACCGACACCACGCAUAAGUAAAAUUAAUGAAACUGAUAUUAAUCAGAUACAAAAUAUUAUAAUACAUAAAGAAAACUAUUCAAAAUCAGAAGAAUCAGAGGAAGAUAUUAAAGCUUCAUUACUAACUCCACAAACGAAUGGAGGCAGCUCAUUAGAUUACAAGACUUCUAUUGACAAUGAAACAAAUGCAUUACUACAUUAGAUUGUUUAAUUUUAACUUAGACAAAAAUCCCAUUGCAUUAUCCCAUUAUUACAUAUAAUGAACGUAAGUCCUUUUGACAAAUUGUGAACAUAUAAGGAUUAAAACGGCAUUAAGCUGAGUAUUGGAAAAGUAAUUUUUAAGAAAAAACUAUUUAUUUAUCCUUAAAAAAAAUACUUCAACCAAAAUUCAUAGAAGAUAUUAAUUAGUAUAUAAUUUGUCUUAGGGCUUAAUUUUCUAUGUGUAGCGCUAAUAGAUUCUAAUAU